AUGUUGUUUUCAAAUAAUAAGAUACAUGCGGACGGUAAACUUGCAUUGAUUGUUGGCGCUUCACAAGGACUUGGUGCUGAUUUAGCAUUGAAGCUUUACCAGCAAAAUUGUUCGGUUAUACUUGUUGCAAGAACAGAAACCAAAUUGGUAGCUCAAAUAAAAAGAAUUCAAAGUUCCAACCCUGAAAAUAAUGCUUCGUUAAGUUAUAAAUGUUGUGAUGCCUCGAAUUAUGAAGAUUGUGUAAAACUAUGGAAUGAUUUGAUUGUGGAUCAGAAACAAGAUCCAGACUUCAUAUUUUGUUGUGCUGGAUCAUCAAUUCCUAAAUUGUUCAGCGAUUUGACAGCUAAGGAUUUUGCGAUUGGCAUUAAUACAAACUACAGUACUUCUUUAAAUAUAACACAUACUGGGUUCAAACAAGUACUUGGCCAGUUUUCCAAUCUUUCAUGCGACCAAUUCAAAAAACGUCAUGUUAUUUUUGUUUCUUCUGUUGUAAGCUUUUAUCCAUUUAUUGGAUACAGUCAAUAUGCACCAUUAAAAAGUGCUAUACAAUCUCUUUCCACUAUAUUACGUCAAGAGAUGGGGCCUUUUAAUUAUCGAGUUUCGUGUGUAUUCCCUGGUAAUUUUCAAAGUGAAGGAUAUGAAGAAGAACAAAAGACCAAACCUUCAAUUACCAAAUCGAUUGAAGGUUCAAGUAAGCCAAUAUCAGGGGAAGAUUGUGCAGAUAUAAUACUUACCCAAUUGAAUAGAGGAUAUGACACAGUUACCACAGAUUUUAUUGGAUGGUUACUAGGGUGCUCGGUUCUAGGUGUCUUACCUAGAUCGUGGGGCUUCUUUCAAAUAAUUGUCUCGUUUAUAUUCCUGAUUAUUGCUCCAAUUGCAAACUGGGUAGUUUAUAAAGAUGUGCUCAAGUUUUUUAAAACUAGUACGAGUGAAGUGGAAGAAUAUGAAAUCGUCACUACCGACGGUAACAAGAAAACCCUCUGA